GUCAGAGAGCAGAACACACACACUCUCUCACGCACACUUAAAAUCUUCUCUUGUGGAUGCUGGAGUUGAGGAAGAUCAUGCUGGUGUUUGGGCUGCUGCUGCUGAUACUGCAAACUGCUGCAUGUGUGGAGCGGUUCUGCAGUUUUACUCAGUCAGAUCCCUGUUAUGCAGCUCUGGGACACAAACUCAACCUGCAGAUGGUGAACGCCAGUAAAUAUAAACUGACCAUAAUAAAGAGAAUAGACAACACAGAUGAUGCAGCUUGUAGAGUAAGAAAUGACACAAAGAGAGCAAAUGAAUGUGAUCUUUAUAUAAACAGACCUGAAGUGAAAAUCAUUAAUGGGACUGUGAUGAUAAACCCGGUGAAGAGAGAAGAUUCAGGAGAUUUCAGAAUACAAUUUAAUAAUCCUGACGGCACAGAAACAUCUCAAGAUCUUCAGGUGAAUGUUGAAGCUCCUGUUGGCUCAGUGGAAGUGUCAGUCAUCUGCUCCUCCAAUCAGAUGAGGUCAGUGUCCUGCUCCUCUGAGGGGGAUCAGCUCCUCUACAGCUGGACUCUCAAUGGAGAAACACUGAUGGAUGAAAACAGGAACAUUUAUCUUGAAGAAGGAACUGAAGGAGAAAUCACCUGCACUGUGAAGAACCACGUCAGUAAAAGACAGAAGACUGUUAGCACCGAAGACUGUUCAGUGACCAGCAGCAGUCUAACAACAUCAAACUGGGUGUCUCACAGCUCUAUGCUGGUCAUUUAUUUGAUGAUUCUGUUCGCUCUGUUAGGAGGAUUUCACAUCUACAUCCACACACAAGUCAGGAAAGAAAGAAGAUCAAAACCUGAUGAUGAGGAGAUUUAGUGAAGAACACAGAGCAGAUCUCAUCACAUCUAUAUUACAAUGACUUCAUGAUGUUCAAGAGUUUCACCUGGAUACAGAGUUUAUUUUCACAUAUAGUUUUUUCGUCUUUUACUUUAGUAUGUUGGUUUUGAUUGAUUUCUCAUUGUUUAUGAUACCUAAACUAUUCAAACUUUU